UACUCUACUCCUUCAUCAUCUACUCUACCAGCUGUACGCCAGCUCUGGCCUAUAGCCAGUCAUAGCCUAUGCCCUAGCUAGCAUCUAGCCAAUCGCCAAUGAAGAUGCGGAGCUACUUAUCUCGGCGGAGGGGCGGAGGUGACUCGCUGAUUGCCUGACCACAUUUUUGUGUACACGUGCAUAUUUAGGUGACUGUGCUGACUGUGCACUCGGUGCACUCAUUUGGUAGUGGUUGUAGUUGUCGCCGCCGCUCUGUGCAUGUUGUUUACACGAACUUGAUCGUGGCGAGAAUAAGCGAGAAGCGUAUGAACGAUCGGUGCAUGUUAGCAUUGUUUCAGAACGACGUUUACAAUGGGAGACGUCGAUGUUUAUCCCCUAAGUUCGCUGGAGGAUGCUGAAGCAGCACUGAAAAAUUUGUGCGUCGAAGAGGAAGAAGUUAUCAAGUCACUUGACACAUUGAUUUCCCAGAGGGCAUCCUUAGAAGUCAAAAUAAGCAAUUUGCAAAAAAUAUUACCCACGUUUCAGCUGGUGCAUAGUGAUGCCGAACAGCUUGCAAACAUGAUUUCUUUCACUUCAACUCUUGCCGAAACCAUCAGCAGCAAAGUUCGUCAGCUGGAUCUUGCAAAAAGCCAUGUCACAGAAUGUGUACAGAGAGUUGAAGAUAUAUUGGACCUCAAGUUCUGUACAGAUGGUGUUCAAACAGCACUGCAAAAUGAAGACUAUGAACAAGCAGCAGCACACAUUCAUCGUUUCCUGAGCCUAGAUGAAUCGGUCCUAAAAAGAUCAACAGCGGACAUCCAGGAAGGGAGCAGCUUGGAAGAAGCAUUUUCUUCACUACGUGGGGCAGAAAACAAGCUACGAAGAAUUGUCAUGAAAAAGUUCAAUGAGGCUGUCAAUGAAGGAGACAUUGCUUCGGUUGAACGGUUUUUCAAAAUAUUUCCACUCCUAAACCAGCAUGAGGAAGGCCUUCAUAAGUUCUCAUUGUAUCUAAGUGCACAGGUAUCCGAAACAGCACAUCAAAAUUUGAAGCAAGCCCUCGCUACUAGCACGUCAGAUAAAAGGUCAAAUGUAAUAUAUGCUGAUACAGUCACACUCCUAUUUGAGGGCAUUGCAAGAAUUGUGGAAAUUCAUCAGCCUCUCGUUGAAACUUACUACGGUCAUGGAAAGCUUCAUACAGUGGUUGAGAUGUUGCAACGGGAAUGUGACUGCCAAGUGAAGAAAAUAAUUGAUGCAUUUAAAAAGAAUAGGAAUCUUAAAAAACAAGUGCAGCAAGCUCAGACAUUGCUUCAUGGCUCAAAGCAAACUGAAAGGUUGGACCCUAGGGAAUUGGAUGUUCUCCUUGCAGAAGUAGCCAUGCUCAAUAGUCGUGCAGAAUUGUACAUUCGGUUUAUUCGGCGAAGAGUGAUUGGAGAUUUUGAAGUCGCAUUUCAGGAACCCAUUGUGAAAGCAGAAAAAAUUCAACAAUUUGAAAGAAAAGUCAAAGAAAGUGAGCUAUGUAAAUGCAUGCAAGAAAUUGUGAGCACAUAUAUUCUCCUGGAGGAAUACUUUCUUUUGGAGUCGGUUAGAAAGGCAAUCGAAGUGGAUACAAUCGAAGAGAACUCCCAGUGCUCGAGCAUGCUGGAUGACGUAUUCUUUAUUUUAAAAAAAUGCCUCAAGCGUUCUUUCUCCAGUGGAAGUGUUGAUGGUGCUUGUGCCAUGCUGAACCACUGCUGCUCCCUCCUAGAGACAGAAUUUACUGAGGAGCUUUCUGAGAAGCUCAAGCUGGGCUUUCCACCUUCUGGUUUGCUGGAUUUAAGCCAAGCUUACUCUAUGAUCCAGAGUAGCUUCCAGCAGGGCAGGAUUCAGCCCGCAGAGUCAGCAGAAAAGGCUCGAACAGUGUUUCUGACGACGCUGAAUAAUGUGGAGAUGGCAAGAGAAUACACAAAGACAUUGGUAUCUUCGUUGCAGGAGGACGUGCAGAAAAGCUUUGCCUCUGCUUCUGAGCAAGAAUUGGCAAAACUAGAGAGCUGCCUCAUGGACAUGAGCAAUUCAACAAUGAAAUAUCAGUCCCUUCUCAGUUAUGGCAUAUCGGAGCUUUGCAACAUUGCUCUCAAGCCUCACAUUAAGUCAUGGUCUGACACAUUCCAGUCCACAGACAAUUCACUGACAGAGAGUGACUUUGCUACAUAUGAAGCCAACGACGGCAUCAGGCCAUUCCUCCAAGCGUUCAUAGUCACCAUAGAUGGUGCCCUUAAGUCUUUCAAGAGUGAACUGAUCCAAGCAAACUACGACAGUCUUGUUAAUCUUGCAGCUGCUGAAAUCACUUUUCAGCUUGAAAAAGCUAUCUUCAAAUCGACUUUCAAUCGGUUGGGCGGCUUACAGUUUGACAAAGAGUUGCGUUACCUCAUUGGAUACAUCACGUCAGUGACAACAUGGUCAAUAAGAGACAAGUUCUCUCGAGUAUCUCAGGUUUCAACACUUCUCAAUCUUGAAAGUGUAUCGGAAGUCUUGGACAUUUGGGGUGCAAAUGCUGGCUCUAUGACUUGGAGGCUUACACCAACCGAAGUGAGACAAGUACUGAGUUUGAGAACUGACUUCCGGCAGGAAGACAUCAGGAGAUUGAAACUUUAAGGGUAUUGUUUGGCAAGUCUUGUUUUCCAACCUGUAAAUACCAGCUAUUGACAGAUUCUUGUUGAAUGUGCAGUGUAAAAUAAAUGCUCUAAAGGGAAA